AUGGCGCCCCGAGGAAGAGCUGAGUAUAUCGGCGAGAAUGCUGUACGCAGCUACUCUUCGUCACCAGAUCCCCUUGCUCUGUCGACCCACGAAAACACGAUAACAUCGACACGAAAGCCACAACACACACCACGGGCGCGAUCACGAACGAGCUCGCCAAUCAAGCAAACCUGCCGGCCGAGUGUGCAAGAAUUCGAAAUAUCUUCACCAGCCAAGUCUAUGGUCAUGAAUACACCAAGAACGGGCGGCGCCAGCCCAUGGCGCAUCAAAGUCACGGUCCAAGCUGAGCCUGAGAGUGACGGCGAAAACACCAUGUCGCCCAUGGUUAAGAAAGUUACACGCACCAAGACUACAUCGAUACCAUUGAAAGAUCACGAUGCGCCCGCACCUAUGAAACGAGGACGAGGACGGCCCAAGAAGACAGAUGCUGCUGGCAGCACACCAGCGAAGACCAAGCUAAAGGGUACACCAUUGAGAAGAGUAGCAAGUUCAAAGUCACGAGAUAGAAGUGUUGGCGCGGCAGGAUCAAGUGCGGUAGACAUCGAUACAGAUGCACCACCAAAGAGAAAACGGGGCCGUCCAAGGAGGGUUGUUCAGCCAGCAACGGAUGACGAAGAGACCCUGGUUGUUGAUGUGCCGGAAGAAGAAGGUGCGAGCGGAGUUGACAACACACCAUUACCUACCGAACAAGCGCGAACAAUAGCUCUCAAUCUCGACACACCGCAAGAUACGGAAAGAUCGAAGCCUCAACCUCGGAGAGGCACACCGCACGCCACAAACCCGCUCACGAUCGAGAUUUCCUCAGACGAGGAUUCAGAUAAAGCCAGCAAUAUCCUCACACCAAGUUCUGGAGAUGGAGGUGACGCUCACGCAGAGAGGUCCCAUGUGCACAUCUCAACACAAGCUGCAUCCGUACCUGCAGAAGAUGUUGGUUACGCGGAACCAUUCGAAAAUGGUGACGAUAAUGACGAGACUGGAUCAGACGACUUUGCAUUCGACGAGGGGACCACUAGGAUGCCGGACGACUCCACAAUCAUCGACAGCGAGGGCUUCAGCAUCAUUUCGGUCGAUUCACUGCCCUCGAGAUCCAGUCCACCGAAAGCAGCCGAGACCGGCAGCGCUCCAGUGCCGAGCAUUGCAUCAGUUCUGGAUCGGGAUCAGCCAAACACCGCCACGACACAACAACCGAGUCGUGAGCCGGGUGCAACUUCCAAGUCAUCUCCAGGACGCUCACGCCUCGUUCCUACCUCAAAGCCAGCUCACUCCUCACCUGGCCUUGCGCAACCGCGAUACAUCACACCAGCUGUUGACAACGAGAACCCAUCAGUCCCACCCUGUCUCCAACCUACUCGCGCAGCUCCCACCAAGAUCGAAACACCUAAGAUGGGGCGAGCCCUGACGGCAGGAGUUGCGCUGCAAGGACUCAUGGACCCGUCUCGCAUCACUCCAGAGUCGUCUGAGGAGCCCGCCGCCGAUCGACGUGGGUCUCUUGAUGACUUGUUUAGGGGGUUCAGCGAGAAGUCACGCAAGCAACUUCAAGACGGAUUGCGAUUGGGUGAACAGCUUGCGCAAGCCCAGGACGCUGAGCCAUCGUCUUCGAGGUUGAGCACAGGACGCACAGAGACUGUGCCAAAAGAGCGACCCAUCAGGACACAACGGAAAUGGAGGACACGUCUCCUGACCCCUGAAGAGGAACAAAAUCGUGAACCUGCGGAACCUGUUGCCGAAGAGCCAGAGGUUCAGCAUCCCACGUUACCUGCUGCGGAGCAAGUCAAUUUAUUGCCCAGUCCAACGAGGAGCGAGGACGAAGGCGAGAUGAGCUUCCAAGUCGACAGCAUCGUAGCAAGCGUAAUGGAAGAAGAAGCAGAGGAAUUUCAGACCACAACAAACAGGCAGAAAGGCUCUAGUUCUGCGCGUGAAGAGGCACGCGCGGUUAACGUCGAACACGAAGAGGACUACUCUGACUUAUGGCAAGAGGAGGGUAGUCACGCUUCUGAUUCGCCCGACCUUGCAUCGACCGAAAGAUCGUCAUCAAGAGAGCCAGAUCUGUUCAUUGAGAAUGCUGCCAGCAGGCCUAGCCGCGGCAGAUUUCAGCGUCGAAAUGUGCGUCAGCCUAGACGAAAAGAAGAAGCUGAAGCUUCGGAGUCAGCUUCCGCUAGUAUUGACAAGGGCAAAACAAGAGCUGUUGAGGAAGAUACUGCACAAGCAGAGUCUGAUGAGCCGGACGACAGCACGGCGAGCGAGGGCAGUGAUGACACUGGCAUGUUCUUCCAAUCGAGUAUGCCUGCAGUCUAUGAUAAGAAGCGACGUGACCGACGACGGGCAAAGACCGACAAGCUAGAUUUAUCAUUGCUGUUGAACGAGGGCAAGAGCCUACAGCCAGAACCAUCUCCAGAGAAGCAGGCCCCUUCCGCUCAGCCUAACCCGUUCCUGGACACUCCGCCUCGCUUUGCCGCGUUCCCUAGCUCACCGAAGAAGAGCAGUCCUCUUCGUCGCGAGCUUCACAGUACCGAUAUUAGUACACCUAGUCGCUUGCAAGAUGGGUCGACGCUACCCUCUGCUCAGAGCUCGCCGUUCCAUUCACGCAUCGACAGAGACACUUUGCUCUCUCCUGCAUCCGAUCAACGUCAGCUCCUUGCCGAGAUAGAAGGCGUAGACUUGACCACCAACAGUGUUCGUCUAUUGCGCGAUGAGGCUGAUGAAUAUCUCGAGGCUUACAGCCUUCAAGAGCGAUCGUUGAAUGAGAUCGAAGAGGUCACCGAGUACAGCAGGACGCUGCAGGGAGACUCAAUCAUCAUGCCAUCAAGCCCGCCUCUGGCAAGACAGAAAUUUGUGCAGCAUGUGGUAUCUUCACCAUACACGCCGAGUUCCGCAGCCAAACAGCCUCACUCCGGUAUUCCCUCAGAAACCACACCAACUCCGUUUACUCGUACAGCAGCAUCCCAAGAAGAGUCCAUAAUCGAGUCCUCCUUUGUGAGCACUAGCUCGGCCGGCCGCUCUGACGGCCUCCGUGCCGCAGCCCAACUCCAGCGCGAGUCUUCCGCCAGCGCAGGCCCUUCACCGACACGCGCUCAUCCUGUGCUCUCCAAAUUCGCUCCUCUCCCGCGCAUCGAGCCUUGGACAAAAACACACUACAAGACGCUCGACAAAUUACACGCCGCACACCUCAAACACCCCUCACUCUUCUGCUCCCUAACCAUCCCGCCCACAACACUGUCUCGCGCCAACGCGGCGCUUCUCGCUUCCUUCGCCGCGACAACGGAGAAGAACUACGUCGGCGCGCAGGUCUCGGCUUGGGGCUACACGUUCACCAUGACGCCCGAGCUGAUCACGCUCUGCGAGGUGUUCAUGCAUCUGCUCACUCUGAGCUCGGUCGCGGACUACGAGGCGCUGAGUGAAGAGCGGAUCGAGAUGGGUGACGUUGGACCCGGUAGGCAUGGGGACAAUAUUGGCAGGGAGGAAGUCAUGAGGAGGUUGUGUACGGUUGUGCUUGGUGAGUUCGUUCGGGCGGACGAGAAGAAGGGCUUCAACGUUAAGAAGACAGGAGUGCUGAGAAUUGUUGGUGCGAGUGGUGAGGUGCUCUGA